UCUCUUUCUUUUAAUUUUUUCUUGUUCUUCUUCGUACAAUCAAAGAGAAGCAAUGGAGGUGAAGAUGAUGGUUGUUUUCAUGAUCUUUGCUGUGGCUUUCUCAGCCGUAGGACAAGUGGCGGCUGCCACAGUGGAAGCUCCAGCUCCAAGCCCAACUUCGGAUGCUACUAUGUUCGUACCAGCAUUGUUUGCAUCUGUUGUUGCUUUGGCCUCUGGUCUUCUCUUUUGAGCCAAAAACAACCAUUUAUCAUUCAUUUUUUCUCCUCUAUUAAUUUUUGUUGUUUUUGUUAAUGA